GGGGGGGAGGGAGGGAGGAGGAGAAGAAGGAGAGGAGCCGCGCUGCCGCCGCCGAGCGCUUCCAGCGGGCAGCGCCGGGGCUACGGCGGCGCGGGGCUCGCAGCUCGCAGCAGGCGACGGCUGCCUCGCCGCAGCUACAGCCCGUUAGUCGGGCCCGCGGCGGCGCCGCCACCACCCGCCGGAGCCCGCGCCCGGCGCCCUCAUGGCCGCAGCCAAGGCAGAGAUGCAGCUCCUGCCCCCGCUGCAGAUCGCCGACCCCUUCGGCGCCUUCCCGCAUUCGCCCCCCGUCAUGGACCCUCACUAUCCCAAGCUGGAGGAGAUGAUGCUGCUCGGCGGCGGGGGCCCUCAGUUCCUCGCCCCGCCCGGGGCCCCCGAAAGCGCGGGGUUCAGCGCCGCCGGGGAACCCGGGGAGCAGCAUUUUGAGCACCUCGCGGCAGACACUUUUCCCGAGAUGCCACUGAACAGCGAGAAAAGCCUGCCAGAAACCAGCUAUCCCAGCCAAACGACGCGACUGCCACCGAUAACCUACACGGGGCGCUUCUCCCUAGAGCCGGCCCCCAACAGUAGCAACACCCUAUGGCCAGAGCCCCUCUUCAGCCUGGUCAGUGGGCUAGUGGGCAUGGCUAACGCACCUCCCACCUCUACGGCUUCCUCAUCAUCACCAUCCUCCUCCUCCCAGAGUACCCCUCUGAGCUGUUCUGUCCAAGCUAGUGAGAACAGUCCAAUUUAUUCAGCUGCACCAACUUUUCCUAAUUCCAGCUCUGACAUUUUCCCUGAACCGCAGACCCAGUCCUUUCCCAACCCCUCUGGAGCUCCCAUCCAGUAUCCACCUCCAGCUUAUCCGACUGCUAAAACCAACUUUCAGGUGCCAAUGAUCCCGGAUUACCUGUUCCCUCAGCAACAGGGUGAGCUCAGUCUUGUUCCAACUGAUCAGAAGCCCUUCCCAGCCCUUGAGACGAGAGCACAGCAGCCUUCUCUCACGCCGCUGUCCACUAUUAAAGCAUUUGCAACUCAGACAGGCUCACAAGAGUUGAAGACCCUCAACACGAACUAUCAGUCCCAGCUGAUCAAGCCCAGCAGGAUGAGGAAAUACCCAAAUCGUCCUAGCAAGACUCCUCCUCAUGAGCGACCCUAUGCCUGCCCCGUGGAGUCCUGUGACCGGAGGUUUUCACGGUCUGAUGAGCUAACACGGCACAUUCGCAUCCACACAGGACAGAAACCUUUCCAGUGCCGCAUUUGCAUGCGGAACUUCAGCAGAAGCGACCACUUGACUACGCAUAUUCGCACACACACAGGAGAGAAGCCAUUUGCCUGUGAUAUUUGUGGCAGAAAGUUUGCCAGAAGUGAUGAGAGGAAGAGACACACUAAAAUCCACCUUAGGCAGAAGGACAAGAAAGUGGAAAAGGCAGCUCCAGUCUCAACUGCUUCCCCGAUUCCCACCUAUUCAUCACCUGUGACUACAUCCUACCCUUCCUCCAUAGCCACCACUUACCCCUCACCAGUGCGCACAGUGUAUUCCUCCCCUGCUCCCUCUUCCUAUCCCUCCCCUGCACACACCACAUUCCCUUCUCCUUCUAUAGCCACCACUUACCCUUCUGGCACUGCCACUUUUCAGACCCAAGUGGCUACCUCCUUCUCUUCACCAGGGGUCACCAACAAUUUCAGCUCACAGGUGACUUCAGCACUUUCAGACAUGACAUCAGCCUUUUCUCCAAGGACAAUUGAGAUUUGCUGAGAUUACCUUCUGGAACAUGAGAAUGCACCUUUUCCAUUGGUACUAUCAGACAUGGAGUUUCCAAUUACUCCCCCAAUACCAUACGUUGCAAGGCUAUUUAACUUUUCUUUAAACUUCAGCUGCCUGAAACAACAGCCGUUUAAGUUUCCCACCUCUGUUGAAUGACUUAAUUUGCAUGGAAUGUGGAUAUAAGUUCAGUAUAAUUUUGCCCGUAAACAGUAGUCUUUUAUUAGAAAGAAAGGACUUUUGAUUAAGUAUAUAGCUGAUGUAAAGUGUACAUGUGACAUGGUUUUCCUUUCCUUUAGGUACUAAUGAUGUGAAAAAUCUUUGGUAUCCAUAUUGUAUUAUUUGGAGUUUGCAGGGCCAUAUUUUGUAAAUGUAAAUUCUAUUUCAGUGACAAUGCUGUAAUGAGUUUCAAACUUCUUUGGGAACAGCACUUAACUGUGUUUGAGCAUGUUAGAGUGAUGCUAUGUAAAUAUCAUCUGAUGAGACACACUCACAUGUGGCAGAAGUUUUGGUUUUAAAGUUACAAGUCUUGGUGCCUUUUUUGUGAAGCCUUGCUGACGUCAUGCAUUUGUGUGAAUGGAUGCUUUGCAUCUAGCCUUAAAGUGAAAGGAUUGUAUUUCAAAGAAUGUAAGGGAGAGCAGGGAAUGGGUGGGGAGGGGAGUACAA